AUGCACGCUCCUGGAAAUGGGCCGAUCUUUGCUACCUACUAUUCUAUUCUUGCGGUUUUAGGUGUUCCAGCGAACUUGGUGACUAUUGUGAUUCUGUCUCGCGGAAGGUGCGGCCUUUCCAAAUGCAUCACUCGCUACCUGGUGUCCAUGGCCGUGACGGAUUUCCUGGUCAUCAUCACGGCUGUAGUAUUUACCAGACUUCGGCCUAUUUAUGUCCCCGUUAGUUUCCUGUCCACAACUCCGGCCUGCAGUCUCUUUAUUGUCUUUAGCUGGGUUUGCAAAGACACUUCUGUUUGGUUGACGGUCGCUUUUACCUUCGAUCGGUUCAUCGCCAUUUGCUGUCAACAGCUGAAGCUCAGAUAUUGCACCGAGAAAACCGCGGACGUUUUUAUUGGAACAGUUUGUGUAAUCGGCUGUUGUAAAAAUAUACCCCUUUACUUUACUUAUGAACCGAUAUAUGUCUUAGAUAACGUGCCCUGGUACUGCAGAGUUAAAAAGAUCUAUUAUUCCUCAGUUGCAUGGAAGAUAUAUGACUGGCAUCUCUAUGUGAUUAACCCAUGUAUCCCGUUCCUCCUGAUACUGCUCCUCAAUGUUCUGACGGUCAGACACAUUCUCGCGGCCAGUGGAGCCCGCAGGCGGCUGCGUUCCCGAAGUAACGGAGACAAACAGAGUGACCCCGAGAUGGAGAGCAGGAGAAAGUCCAUUAUUUUACUGUUUGCCAUCUCGGGCAGUUUUCUGUUCUUGCGCUUGACGUAUGUAGUGAAUUUUCUGUUUGUGCAAUUUUCCAGCAAAAGUUAUGCAAACAGUUCCAAUUCCACCGACCCAAAGUUUAUCCUUCAAGAAAGCGGAAACAUGUUGGAUCUUCUCGGUUGCUGCACCAACACGUGUAUCUAUGCGGGGACACAGACUAAAUUCAGGGAGCAGCUGAAGGGUGUGGUGAUGCACCCCUUGAAAUUUAUUCGCCAUCUCUUCAAAUAUUAG